GACUCAACCCCGUUCCAUGAUUUUCCAAUGGAUAUUAGCCGAACUUCGAAAAGAUUGGAAGUCGAAGUGCAUCGGUGUUAUGAAGAGCUUCGAACAUUGAAGAAGGAAAUAGUCGACCUAAAGGAAAACGAGUCAGAAUUGCAGCAAAGCAAUCAGCGAGACAGAGAAGAAUGCAGUCGAGCUGUACUUGCUCUUCAAGAGAUGGCCUUCAAGUCAUGGAAAGCACAGACAUGGCUCCCUACUGAUCAUGAUACUGUCAACCUUGAAAUUUCUACACUUCAGGCAGCAAUGAGCGGAUGGAUCCGGGGUGCAACCAGUAACGACUCUCGACUUGACGAUUUAUCUGAAGUAUUUCGAGGAGAAGAUCAGGCCAAACAUGCAUUGCGGGAGGAGCUGUCGAAAGUGAUGGUCUUCAAAAACGAUAUGCUGCCCCAAGGACUACCUCAGAAACGGGCUAAAAAAAUCCUGCUCGAGGCGCUUCUUGCUCAUCAUCUAUUCACAAAUGUAUUCUCGUCGCCAUUCUCUUUUCUCGGAGAUGAGAUAACGAGCUUAGAUUCUAUUUAUAGAACGGGAUUAUCAUGGAAUAUUGCAGAUGCGCAUAGAUGGCGCUCUGAUACACUGAGACUGUUGUGUCCAGAGCCUUCGGGAAAUAACGAUGCUGAGGCUAUCAGACUCAAAAUGCCAGCUUUACUUGAUGAUAGAGGAAAGGCUCAAGCGGGGAACUUCAUCAAAAGCCCUGCUCGGUGCUUCUUCGUCACAACCCCAGAAACAACGGCCGGUCUUCAAAGAAUAUACCAGCAGGCCACCGGUCUAGCCUACCAUCUCUGGACUCGACGAUCAAUGCUCAAAAUAGUGACGCUCAAGGACUUAAACCCCUUCUUCGACCAUCUUGACAUACAGAUGGCUCGUCACACUAACGUGCAAGAAGAUAUCAAAGAUACGCUAACAGGCCAACCGAUUAGUCUGGUAAUGUACCCCGGUGUUGUGGCGUAUGGCUUGGACGAGUGUGUAGAUUAUGAAACUCCACGACCGUGGAUGCCAGCGAAAGUUUGGUUGUACAAGCCACAAGUGCAAGUUGAGGGGGAUUCAGAGAUGAAAAAAUAGGAGUUACUAUCAUCUGAUUUAGGGUUGGACGAAAGCGGAGUUUUGAUAUUAGGCAUGAUGGUAUUGCAGCUAGGGUAACUCCCUGAAAAUAACAAGCUGUGCACCA